ACUACAAUUUUCUAUGGUUAUCUUUAUCAGCUUAUUUAAAAAAAACUUUUAAUUAUACAUUGUAGAUAUGAAAUUAGAUUUCAUACAUUUUUUCUUUUAGUACGUUAUAAUUAAUCCUAAAUACAAUAACUCAUCAUUAUUUUUAUUUGCAAAUUUUAUAAGCACAAUGCGAGAUAUUCAAGAAGACACGCCACCAUCAAGUGUAAGUGGUGAUGAAAUAUCAGCAAUGGAUGCUGACGGCGUUAUUUAUUUGGACGAAAUGGAUGAGAUUCAAUUGGACGAAGAAAUGGAUGAUGAUGAAGAGGACAUUGAAAUGGAACCACCUGAAGAUCAUGCUUCUCUAGUGUUUGAUAAACAUGUUGGGUCUGUAUUCUGUUGUGACUUGCACCCUGAUGGUAAACUGGCAGUCAGUGGUGGUGAAGAUGACAAGGCAUAUGUGUGGUCUGUGGAAACAGGACAAGUCGUAAUGGAUUGCACUGGUCACAAAGAUUCUGUUGUUUUUGUGGGGUUCAGCUUUGAUGGUGCUUUCUUAGCUACGGCGGAUAUGAGUGGCUUGAUUAAAGUGUGGAAAUGUAAUACAGAUAACAAUCAACAAGAACCCUGGACAGUGGCAUUUGAGUAUGAAUCUGAUGAUUUGACUUGGGGUUCAUGGCAUUUUGGUGCACGAGUACUAGUCUGUGGAACUGCCUCUGGUGAUAUGUAUGUGUUCAAAAUACCCUCAGGUGAAACAAAGAUUUUGCAGGGCCACAAUGUUAGAGUUGAAUGUGGGAAGCUUUUCAGUGAUGGCAUACGGCUAGUAGCGGGGUAUGAAGAUGGCUCUAUCAAAAUAUGGGAUUUAAAAACUAGCAGUGUACUUCAACAUAUCCCUGACAGUGUUCACCAAAUGAGAGUAACAGCUAUAGACACACAUCAUGAAAAUAAUGUAAUUGUAUCAGUGUCUAGUGAUGGUAAAGUGGUGUUGUCCACAUCAAAUAAUGGUAAAAUUGUGGGACAAAUGGCAGCUGACAUUGAUCUAGAAGUUGUGGCGUUCUCAAAGAAUCCACAGUUAGAUUAUUUUGCAACAGGUACAUUGACUGGUGCUGUCAGUAUAUGGGAUGCGUCAAGACAGAUGGUCCGACAUCAGUGUUCAAAGGUAGAUGAGAACACAAUUGCCGGGGUCACCAAAAUGUUUUGGGUGCAGAACCAUCUCCUAGUAGGAUGUUUGGAUGGAUCUGUAAGAGCCUAUGAAGGCAGAUCUGGUGAACAAGUGUUAGCACUCACAGGGCAUAGAUCAGAAGUUUUAGAUUUAUGUUAUAAUGCAAAGCAAAAUAUUUUAUUAUCGACAUCAGAUGAUGGAACAGCUAGAAUAUUUAAAUAUGCCGUAAAGAAAGACAAUGACUAAUAUAUAUUUUUUAUAAACACGUGUUUUUUUCAUAUAUACUUAUGUAAGUGAACAGUACUUUUACUGCUAAACUUUAGUUACUGUUACACUUCCUAUUCUAUAAUAACUGACCAACAAGUAAGACUAUAAUUAUUAUUAUAAAGACAGAAAGAUAUCUAUAGAAAUACAGCCUAAAAUGACUUUAUACGCGGUAUUGUGAUAUGUAUAAAUCUUCUAUUUUAUUGAGCCUAUAAUACCUUAUAAAUUAAAUUAAAUGGUAGCUAAUUAAAGUUAAAAUAUUUUCGUUUCACUGGUAGUGCCGUGACGCGUGAAGAUCCUUAUCUUUUGGAAUGAUAAUAUAUUUACUCACGACAUAUAUACACAUUGUAUGAUAGCAAAAAU